AUGGAAGCUUUAAGCGACCCUUUAAACAACAGAACAGUCAAAGAAUUAAAAGCGCCGCCCCAUCAGCCACUGCCAAGAAGUUUACUAUUUCCUAAUAAUGAUAGCAAACCUGCUUGAAAAGUAUUAAGGGAUCAUUUUCAAAGGGAAGGAAGGCUAUAUAAAGCUGAUGUGCUGAAGAUUAUAGAUGCAGCAACAAAUUUAUUUAAGGAAGAGCCAAAUUUGUUGUCACUUCAAGAUCCAGUAACUAUUGUAGGUGACCUGCAUGGCCAGUAUUAUGACAUGCUUAAAAUGUUUUCAAUAGGAGGCAGCCCUGAGGUUACAAAAUACCUAUUUUUAGGAGACUAUGUAGAUAGAGGCUCAUUUUCUUUGGAAGUGAUACUCUAUUUGUAUACUCUUAAAAUUAAUUUCCCUAACACAAUUUUUAUGAUCCGAGGAAACCAUGAAUGUCGACAAAUGACUUCAUUUUUUAAUUUCCGACAAGAAUGCCUAUAUAAAUACGACUUAGAAGUUUAUGAAAAUUUUAUGGAAAGUUUUGACUGUUUACCGUUGGCAUGCCUUGUAAAUAAAAAAUUUUUGAAUAUUCAUGGAGGUAUAUCUCCAGAAUUACGAACUCUAGCCGAUAUAGUUAGAAUUAAUAGAUUUAUAGAAACCCCUCGAAAUGGGGUAUUUUGUGAUCUUUUGUGGUCAGAUCCUAUAGAUCAUUCGGAAGGAAGAUUAAUUGAAGGGUUCAGGUAUAAUGAUAUAAGAGGAUGCAGUUAUGGAUCAUCCACGCUAGUAGAUCUUUAUGUUCCGAUGUGUCCCAAGACAACUGGGGGAUGCGUUUCAGCAUUUGCUGAUAAAAAAAAAGAUCGUAUUGGGAGACGUUUGGACCAUAAUAAUCUACUAGUAUGGAUGAGCUUUAUAUUUUUGGUCAAGAAGUUGCAGAUAGAUUUUUGAGGGACAAUGAUAUAAUUUCUCUCAUAAGGGCUCAUGAAGUCCAGCUGGAUGGAUACAAAAUGCACAGAUGAAACGGCGCAAGCGAAUUUCCAACAGUAAUCACAAUAUUUUCUGCUCCAAAUUAUUGUGAUGUGUAUGGAAACAAAGGCGCAAUCAUAAAAUUCGAUAAUAAUACGCUGAAUAUUCAACAGUAUAAUUAUACACAGCAUCCUUAUCUACUCCCUAAUUUCAUGGAUGUUUUUAGCUGAAGUAUUCCAUUUGUGAUAGAAAAAGUUAUGGAAAUGAUUAUGACUGUUAUAAAAAUAAAGCCAAACGAUGAUAUUGAUAACGAAUAUUACGAAUCCAGGCUUAAGGAAUUAGAAGACAAUAUCAGAGAAAACCGAAAAGCACAAUUGGUAAAUAAAGUAAAAAGUGUGUCGAGAAUGCUGAAAAUGCUUAAAACUGUCAGAGAAGAGCAUGAAGUUAUUAUCAAGCUUAAAGGAAUGUGCCCAGACAGCAAAAUUCCAAAAGGACUGAUUCUCGCUGGGAAAAGCGCUUUGCAUAACGCUGCUGAUGAUUUUUCUGAUAUCAGAUCAGCUGAUAUUGUUAAUGAAAAAAGACCUGGGUUAUAA